AACUGUUUAUUUGCAGGACUUCCCCCGCAUUCUUUGCGAAGACUGUGGUGACAAAUGGAUGAAUGAAGGUGGAAAAGUGAGGAAUAAUUUGCCGAAGUACACAGAUGGAUUGAAAUCAUCAUUUGAUGUAGAAAAUGAAUAAUUCCUUACAAUAAUUUAUGCCUCCGGACCAGAAAAGUUUAAGUGAUAAUCUCAGUUUAGCUUCUCUCCCUGUGGGUGAAGAUGCAUCAGACUGGGUCUGCACUACUGGCAUUGCUGGCACUUCUGGUGCUCACACUUGAGAUGUCCAGUGGCCAGUCCUGCCCCAGGAGCUGUAACUGUUACCAGGCAAAUGAAGUUCACUGCACCUUCCGAUCACUGCUCAUCAUCCCACCUGGCCUGCCUUCACAUACAAGACGGAUUAAUUUAGGAUUUAAUAGUAUCAGCAGACUUCAUGACAAAUCUCUGGUUGGGUUAAAGAGAGUAGAGCUCCUGAUGCUCCACAGCAAUAACCUCCAACAUCUUCCAGAUGGAGUGUUUAAAGAGAUGAAAUCCCUCCAGAUACUCAAGUUGAGCUAUAACAAGCUGAGAGAGAUCUCUUCAUCUCUGACCUUCUCUGGCCUGACAUCACUGCUGCGGCUUUACUUGGAUCACAACCUGCUCCAACACAUCCACCCCCGGGCUCUGCUCCAGCUGCCUAGCCUCAGGCUGCUUCGUCUGCAAGGCAACAGGUUGCAUCAGCUGCACCCUCACGCUCUGUGCACGCUGUCCAUCCUGAAUACAUAUUAUUUUUCUACUUUGAGACAUCUAGACCUUUCCAACAACAGUCUAACUAUCCUGCCUGAAAAGAGUGUGACAACGGCACCUCUGCUGGAGACUCUGGUCCUGCAGGCUAAUCCUUGGAGCUGUGACUGUAGAAUGAAUUGGUUUCUCUCAUGGAGUCUUGCUCACCCAGGCGUACUGAAAUGUCCUGGUGGUCCUCAGUGUCCAGUUUGUGCCUCACCCUUGUCUCUCCAGGGUCAGAAUUUGCUUGAUCAGGCGACUCUACAUUGCACGUCACCGAUCAUCAGCUUCCCUGGAAAAGAAACACCAUUGGAAUCAGACCAUAGCAAAAACCAACCAAGUGAAAAGUUCAGAGAGCCUUUAGGCAAUGUCACCCUGGGUCUUUCUGACCAACAAGGGUACAACGUUGAUCUCAGUUGUGAAAUUACUCACUCUACUGAUUCCCCAGACAUUACUCCUCCUCCAGAUCUCUCCUGGAGUUCCUCUUCUCCUCUCCCACUCGCUUUGUCUCUCUCCCUUGAUUGCCCUAUUCUGGGACAAAGCUAUGAGAAACUUUGGAGGAUUUUGGCUUACUACAGUGAAACUGCAGCUCGUCUUGAGAGGGAGAUUAUGUUAAGUAAAGCUCCGACGUUGGCCUACCGCUACAGACAGGCACCAGAGACAGAUGGAUAUUAUCACACUGGGAUCAAAGCCUCUGUCAAAGCCAGACCUGAAUGGUUACUACAAUCAGCAAUUAGUAUUCAGCUUGACAGAGCACAGUCUAACAGGCAUAAAGUCCAACUUAUCUACUCAACAAGAGUUUCUGCUCAUCCUGAUCCAGCUUUUAAUCCCUCACUGUCUUCCCCUACUUCUCACCCAUGGGUAAUGAUUUUAACUAAUCACACUAACACAGCAGUUACAGCAGUAGGAGUAGCAGGCAGGAACAUACAGCUAUCUUGUCCCGUUCUUAGUUCUAGUAAUCCCAGUGUGCAAUGGAUUCUUCCAGAUGGAUCUAAACUCGAUACUCCUUUCAGCAGUUUAGAUGGAAGGUUCCAGCUAUCAGCCUCUGGCCUACUAAUACAAAGAGUACAGCUCUCUGAUGGAGGGCUUUACCAUUGUGUUGCCAGAGCUGGAAGAGAUUUCGAUGUCCUUCAAUUACAUCUGGCAGUACAAGAGUCUGCCUUUCCAUGUUCAGGUGAGCUAAGUGGACCCCCGGUCACUGGAACCAUUAGAGAUGCUGUCAAUCUGCCCUGCAGGAUAUCUGGUUCACCAGAACCUUUGGCAAGUUGGAUUUUGCCAGAUGGAAAUGUUGUGUGGCAAGGAUUAGCUGUAUCAGGUGGAUUGAAAGUACAUUCAAAUGGAAGUUUGUCUUUACUUACAUCAACUCUGAAGGAUACAGGAUAUUACCGUUGCAUUGCUGUCAAUCAGUAUGGUAGUGACACCAUGCCAGUGCAGCUGAUAUUAAAAGCACAACAUAUUUCUGCCCUUGAGACUUCAUUUCCCAGAGGGCCUCAAUCAGCUGCUGGCAGGUCAACAAAGAUACCAGUCACCAUUUUUGGGCAGAUUGAUGAAGGAUCAGGAGAUGAAGGAAAUGAAGAGGAUGAGAAAACCUCCAGUGGUAAAAGGAGAUAUCCAACAACUCUCCAACAGCGCCUAAACAGACAAUAUCUAAUUAAGAAUCCACAAAGAUAUGGUCGUGUUAGAGAGGGACAUCUAAAAAGGAUUGGAGGACCUAUUUCACCAACUAAGCAGAAGAAAUACCGCUUUCAGAACAGACCCAGAGUUACCACAAAGAAACACAGGAUAGACCCUCAGAAAUGGGCAGAUCUCUUGGCAAAGAUUCGUCAAAAGACCACCAAUAGCACCAUUAGUCAAACAAUUGCAGAAGAAAAAACCCCAUCUCAACCUAUAUUUGAAAAAAAAGAUGAAGAAAUUAGACAAGGAGGAAAGGGUGACAAUAAAGACAGAAGUAUAUCUUAUGGUUCACAGGAGGAAACAGAAUCUGAAGGUUCUUCAGUUGAUGAUGCUACUGUAAAAGAAGAACAACCACAACCCAUUAAACCUCCUGAUAAAGAUGCACAGAUAAUACAAGCAACACAAACCAUUCCAGAGAUAUGUAAUGUGACUGAGAGGCCACAUGUGAAUCUAGAGAUUGGCAUAAAAACACAGACAGAGAAAGAAAGCAAACAAACAGUAUCAACAGUAAACCCAGUGACAGAAACAGAGCGUUUCACACUUACUUCAUUAUCAGGGGCAAAUGGAAUAGCUCUACAAUCAAUUGUGUUGGAUGAGAAAGUACCAAAUCUAAGCCCUAAUAGGACCAGGCCACAGAAUCCUUUACAGGGACUUUUCCCAAAUGCGAUUCCAAACUCCCGACCUCGAAGACCCUGGGACACCCGCAGGAAGAUUGGACAACGUAGGCGAAUUAACAGGCCAAAGAUUCAACCUGUAUCCUCACAACAUCCUCGCUCCGACCCGAUAAACUCAAUAAACCAAGCAAUGACAUUUAACUCAAGUCCAGAUAAAAUCACAAAGUUGUUGCCCUUAUCAACUACCACAUUUCCACCUAUUAUGCUGACACUGGGAAACAAUGUUAGAACUAUUAUAAAUGACGUGACUGUGACUCCUGUGUCGCCAACUGUUUCUAAUUCUCAUUUUAUUACUAUUUCAAAUUUUGAAUCACCUCCACUCAGUCCCUCCUCUACAACCCCACACACAUACACAGACAUGAUGAUUCAUUCAGGCAAGAAACAAAUAACUGAGGAGUCUACUUUUAACAGCACACCAGCCCCCACUCAUGCUAACAUUAUCAUUUCAGAGUCGCAUGUGCCAGAACCCGAUAAUAGGGCAUUUACACAUGCUGCAUGGGCUCAUACAGCAACACAAACAACCUUAGGCAAACAGGCUGAGAGACCCCCGAGCAAACACAGCAAGGAGUUAGAGAUGAAUGUUUUGGGUGAGUCCCACUUUUCAGUCACUCAUUUUCUCACUGCUUCCUCAGUCCCCAGUGCAUCUUUAACCACCACCAGUGCAGCACAAAUCAUAACUACUUCUUCAGCUGCUCCCAAGAGAGCUAGUUAUUUUAGCAGCACUAAAAGUACACCAGCCUCUGCAACUAAUGAGGACACACUCCCCACAACAACCACGGCUGCUAUAAUAAGUCCCACCAUGUUUCUUUCAACCCCCAUUAUCAUUCCAAUACCCAGCACUCCCAAACAGACUUCAGCUCUGUCCACCUCAAUGACUUCUACAAUCACUUUGCCAACUACUUCCUCUACUAUCUCUUCAACUUUGACGUCCGACACUACGCUUAGGCCAAUAAUGACAAAGAUAAGCACCACUUCUAAUCCUUCUACCAGCAAAAGUAGUUCUCCAGUUUCAAUAAAUGCCAUCCCUAAAGUGUCAGUUUCCUCUUUUUCUACCACAUCUACUGAUUCUAAAACCACACUUCCAGGUACAACAGAAAGUAUUCUGACCACAACACCUUCAUCUACCACAAAACAAUCUACAGUUAAAACUCUUUUUUCCACUACCACCACAAUGGAAUUGACAAGUACCAAACCAAUAACAAGAAACACUAAAGCAACUGGCCAGGUUGACGACGCUGCGAAUGGUCAAAACAGGAGUCAAUCACCUACUGACUGGAAGAACCAUGGAGCUAACACUAUUCCAGAUUCACACAGAAGCAGUUUUCAUCAGCCUUCCCCGUCACUUUCCGCUUCUCCAACGGUUCCAGUUGUUAGAUCUAGGCCAAGGAUCGCAGACCCUCACAUCCGCACCUUGUCAGUACCGGCAGGCAGCACUGUAAACCUGGUGUGUGAAGCUCAGGGAGAGCCAAAACCUUCAAUCACAUGGACUAAGGUUGCUACAGGAGUGGUAAUGUCAAUCCACUACAGGGCUCAGCGUUUUGAGGUCUUGCCAAAUGGCACCCUUGUUAUCCAGAAUGUACAGGUGCAGGACAGAGGGACAUAUAUCUGCAGUGCGAGCAGCUUGCUGGGCCGUGACAGGUUGCUCACCACACUGGAAAUCUGGACUCGUCCACCUCAUAUGCAGCUGAUGCCUUACAAGGAAGUUACCAUUCAUCAGGGUGGCCAGGUUCACCUGGAGUGCCAAGCAGAUGGCGUUCCAGACCCUUUGCUUUCCUGGGUUCUGCCUAAUCGUUCUACCUUAACCUCCUCUGGCACCUUUUCUAAUCGAAUCCAUAUGGACACAAAUGGGACCCUUCACAUCUCGAUAAUAUUACCCACUGACCGAGGACUCUAUCGCUGUGUGGCAUCCAACUCAGCUGGUGCAGCCAGCGCCUCAGUGCGUCUCCAUGUGUCCUUGUUGCCCCCGGUUAUACAGCAACCCAGGAAGGAACACCUGUUUUUCUCUGUAGGCUGGCCUGUUUAUGCUCACUGCUCUGCCCGAGGGUCCCCAACACCAAUUCUGCAUUGGCGAAUUCCAGAUGGGAAGCUUGUUCGACCAUCCCAGUUUCUUAAUGGAAAUCUCUUUGUCCUGUCAAAUGGGACACUCCAUAUUCGCAAUGUGGGGUCAAAGGACACAGGAAAUUAUGAGUGUACUGCUAGUAAUGCUGUAGGGAUUACUAAGAGGACAGUGACAAUAGCGCUUAUAGAUGGGGAAACAAAAGCCAAAAAACCAUCCAAUUCAUCUUUUUUCAGUAAAUUCAGAACAUCGGUAAUCCCAAGCCAAACCUCAGCUACAUUCAGUCCAAGUAAAUUCUCUCCUGUAAAUCCCUUUGACAGAUCUACAAAUUUGUCGAUCAGCUCAAGCUCUUUUAACUCUUCCUCUAGCUCAUCUCUCAAAAUCAAUAAAACUGUAAAACCUUACCCUUCGCACUUUCCUGACAUCAAAAAAGCAAAUCCCUUCUCUGUUUUUUCACCUUCUACGGUGCCAACAAAUAACACCAAAGUAUCACCCAGAGGAAACAGCACAAGAGUUGCUUCGUCUUUCCAUACUAGUGGAAAAUUCUCGACUGUUUUGCAGCCUCAGCCUGUCUCCCCCUUCACUAAAGCCCACAUUGUCUCUACAUCACCCUCUGCUACUACUGUAAACUAUGAGGGGACUUUGAAUCUUUACUGCUCUGUAAGUGGAAACCCUACCCCAACCAUUCUAUGGAGGACCCCCACAAGAAAACUUGUGGACAUGCACUACAGUUUUGACCAACGUGUAAAGGUGCAUCCUAAUGGCACGCUGUCAGUGCGGGCAGUAACAGAGAAGGACAGUGGAGACUACCUGUGUAUUGCACGCAACAAAGUUGCUGAUGAUUAUCGAAUUCUGCGUGUGUCUGUGGUCACUAAGUCUCCCAGGAUUGACCCAAAACAGUCAAUCAAUCAGAUGGUGUCACUUGGAAAACCUCUAAAGGUAGACUGCCAGGCCUCUGGAUUGCCUCAUCCAGCUGUGCGUUGGAAGUUACCAAAUGGAACCACUGUGAAGAGUGAGCUGUUUCAAGAGGACAAUAGGGGUCAAAGAGGGCAACAUGCUGUUUUUGACAAUGGGACAUUACUGAUUCCAGCAGUUGGUGAAGGAGAUGAAGGCGAGUAUAUCUGCUAUGCAGAGAACCAGGCAGGCCGAGAUACCAUGAAGGUCAUAGUAAAGGCCAUGAAGACGACCCCACCAAAGUUCACUAAUGGCAGAGCCCAUGAUUUCAUCAAAGUGCAACAGGGAGAAACUGCUACAAUUCCUUGCAGGACCAUGGGAGAUCCUGCCCCUACAGUUACCUGGUUUUCUCCAUCAUUCAUUGUUAUCCCACAGAACUUGGGAUCAGGCGUCUCUUCUCAGCGAGUUGUGGUCAUUUCCGAUGGAACCCUGGAAGUGCGUUCCGCCCAAAAGAUUGACUCAGGAAAUUACACUUGUCGAGCAAGCAACUCGGCUGGGAUAAGGAGCAUGGUGGUGACCUUGGAAGUGGAGACUUCUAGCUCUGGAGUUAUAGGACAGGUGGAAAAAGGUUGGAGUGAAAAGAAAUCUGAUGGCAAUCACAGAGUCAUUGCUGCAAGAAAAAUCAGUCUUGGAUCUAAUGUCGUAACUGCAAGCAAAAACAGAAGCAAUAACAACUAUAGUAAUAACCAUAGUAGAAAAGUAAACAUAGUUCCUAAUACCAAUCUCAACUCAGUAUUCAGUGGCUCGAAUCCUACUCUAAGAAGUUACAGCCAACAUGAGUUUAAAAGUCCUGUUAGAGAAUUUUCAACACGACGGGGUAAUACUGGGAUAAUGGCUGGGGCAAAUGAGGCACAGAGUACAGGCAUUAAGAUAGAUAGUACUGGAUUAAAUAGAAACACACCUAGCAUUCAGAGUAGAAGUGGUAAUGUAGAUCACAGCCAAAGCACAGGUAGAGGAGAAAGUACUGAAAGAAAUCGUGAGAUGAAUAAUAAUGAAGUUAUUGCAGGAAAGAAAAGUAAUGAUGCUAAUACCAGCAGAGACAACAGCAGGUUAACUCGUAUUUCAACAAAUGGCCAAAGUAUUAGUGGUAGUUUGUCAGGUAAUGGAGCAGGUACAAGCACUCAAAGAGGACCUGUUUUCAACAGGAACAGUCAUGCUGGGGGAGGUAAUGAUAACAGAAGAAAUAGUGUUUCUUCAAGUAGUAAUUCAGACACACAUCGGGGUGGGGGAAAAAUAACAAAGCACCAAGCAGUUAAAGGCCAGGCUGUCACUUUGCCAUGCCCAUACCAAGGUUAUCCUCCGCUUCGUUUGGCCUGGCUUCUGCCUGGAAAUGGCAUGCUGCCAGCUCCUUACUAUGGCAGUCGACUGACUGUGCAUCGAAACGGCUCUUUGGAAUUUCAAGAUGUACGUGUGAGUGACGGUGGAAAUUUGGUUUGUGUUGCAAAAACUGAAAGAGGUGACACUUUAAUGCGGGUCCAGCUUGAAGUGUCAGAGCCAGUAGUGGAUGUAAGAUCCCAACAAGGCAGAGAAGUGGAAAAUAUACCGCAGAAGGAAAAUUUAGAUGCAACUCAGUCUUUACCCACAAAGACAGUAUCACUUCCGCAGCCUUCACAGAGGGGCCUUGGUGUGCCAGACAGGUCUCACUCUGCAAACUCUUCAGCAUCGUCUGGCUCAGUCUCCAAACCCACAAUAAGCACCAGCACUGCCCCUCUAGUGAGCACCAUUAAUGGAGAGACUGUCCGACUGCAUUGUCCGGCCUCUACAACCAGGGGCUCUGUUUCAUGGACAAUUCCUAGUGGCAAGAUACUAUCCAGAGGUGAAGGUGGUGAUCUAGGACGUUAUGUGGUGCAAGAAGAUGGAACACUAAUAAUCAAACAGGUUUCUGUGUUUGAUCGAGGCAGCUACAUCUGCAGGUUUUCCAGUCAUGACUCUUCCUCAGUCUCAGUCUCCACAGUUCCUGUCAUUGUCAUCGCCUACCCUCCACGCAUCACAAUCGGUCCCUCCUCUGUCACCUACACUAGAGGCGGUGUUGCUGUGGAGCUGCCCUGCAUGGCCAUAGCCACCCCGCGAGCAACAGUUAGUUGGGAAACACCAGACCUGACACAACUGAGUGUGAUGGGUCAGCCUCGUAUUUAUGGCAACCUCUACCUGAGUCCUCAGGGUUCAUUGGUGAUACAAAACCCGACACACAGGGACACAGGAUUUUACAGAUGCAGCGCCAAAAAUGUAAUCGGAGUGGACAGCAAGGCAACCUACCUGCAUGUUAUGUAACAAGACAAAGCAACUAUAUAAACACUAACCCUUUCAAACUUGAUGCAGAGAAACAGAGACUCAGCCUUUAAUGAAAUAAAUAUUUGUAUUUCCCUGGUGCCCAAAGGAACUGCAAAGCACUGUCCCUGACAUACUGCUGUAACUCAAAAACAGAAAAUAUCCAUCAUAUUUACUUCAGGUGCAUAGAGUUGGAAAUCCCGGAAUGUUUUAUACUGGAACUUGACACAUUUAUUUCAUGCAAAAAAUAGUUAGAGUGAAAUUCCAGUCAUUAAAGGUAAACAUUCUGUGUGUUUUUAAUGUAUCUCUACUCCAAAACAUGGAACUCUAAAGGCUGAAUCACCUCUUCAGUGAAUCAUCAAGUUCUACAAAGCUCUGGCACCAAACAUUUCAGUCAAUUUAGUUGUGUUAAACCAGAGAAACUUACUGAAGAUCUGCCACCAAUAAUUAAAAUUAAAUAUCAAUGUAAUUUUUAAAACUCAGUUUAAUGUGGCAGUAAUUUCAAAAAUAUCCAAAAAUGUUUUAUUGUUUUUGCGGGGUAUGUCGGCCUUUAUAAAAAGAGUUAUUUCAAUUAGAACAUCAACUCCUGGUAUUCCACUGAAGUAACACGUAUGUGUUACUGUCAAAUGUGUGUCUGUUAGAAUGAAUGGUGUAAAAUUUAAAGUGUUCUACUGCAUCAGGAUAGGGUACAUUGGUUCUUAAAAGUGAUCACACCCUAAUAGUGGGUUUUUGUUCUGUGAAAAACAAAAGCAUAAAAAAAAAACACUUUUUAAAAAUGUUUUACAAUUGUAAUGUGAGAUGUCCAGAUAUUCUUUUGGGGAAAAAUACAAGACAGGAAAUAUAUAGGAAAAAACACUUGUCAGUGUCCAUAUCCUAAGUUUCACCUUUUGAUUAAAAAACAAUUUACUCUUAUUUUGUUGGAGUUUGUCAGCAUGCUAUAUGCUAAAUAAUAUUUUUCCAAUCUGUAUUCAAACAUUUCAUAAAUAAUGAAGACAUUUCUUAUCCAUGCCCCUCUUCAAAACAUGAUAAAAUUCAGAAACAUCUAAGAGUGUUCACAUUUAGGAAAUCUGAGUAAUUGCAAUUUUUUUAUUUGUUGUUAUUUCCCUCUAAAAAUAUUUGGUUUUUUUUUUAUUGAACAUGAAUCAUGUCACUUUCAUAGAUAGAAGUUUUGAAAUGAUUACUUUAACUUGGAUUUCUAUCAAAGUAUGUGCACUUUUUCCAUUCAUUUUACUUCGCCUGUGAAGUCACUGAUAAUUUUUGUUUUCAUACUUAGUGAUUUUUAGAUUAAAGGUGAAAGUCAGCUUUUGGUGUUUUCUCAAUUAUUUUCUUUAAUGUUUCCAUCAUUACAUUAAAUUAUUUGUUUUGUAAAGACUCACUUUAUGUAACAUAUUUUUGUACUAAAAGGAGAUAAUGGUUUUAUUAUGUAUGUUGGAUGUCUUACUAUCCAGCUAUGAAUUCUUGCUUUGUUUUUAACAGGAUUCAUUUUAUUAAAAAAAUAAAACAAAACAAGCUGUUUACCCUCUGUGGUUUUACAGUUUUGGUCACAGAUAUUGUGAAGUGUUUGUGUGACUGAGUGAGAAAAGAAAACACCUUGUAUGAGGGCAAGUGGGAGGACUCAAACCUUUUGUGGAGAAAUUAUGAGAACAUAAACUCCUGGUGCUUGGCUCAGCUGUCUGGCCAGGAAACAGGUUCUGUACAGUAGAUGAGACACAUGUUUAUGACAUCAU